AUGUCGAAAGAAAUUAAAACUGAUCCCAAAGGAAGGUAUUCGAAGAAGGAAUUAUUAGGUUCCGGAGCCUUCAAGACAGUCUACAGGGCGUAUGAUACCGAAGAGGGUAUUGAAGUCGCUUGGAAUCAAAUCAAACUUGCUGGUGUUGCACCAAACCAAAAGAAAAAGAUUAUGCAGGAAAUUAGUAUACUUGGACAAUUAAAACAUGCAUCAAUAAUUAAUAUAUAUGAUUCGUGGGAAACUGAAGACGAUUAUUUAAUAUUUAUUACAGAAUUAAUGAGUUCUGGUACCUUAAAAGAUUUCAUAAGAAAUUCAAAGAAAGUAAGAUUGAGAAAUAUUAAAAAGUGGUGUAAACAAGUGUUAGAAGGUCUGAGUUACCUUCACGCCCACUCGAUCAUUCACAGAGACUUGAAAUGUGAUAAUAUUUUCAUGAAUGGCAGUAGAGGAGAAGUUAAAAUUGGAGACUUGGGUCUUUCAGUAAGCAUGAAAGAUAAAAAGUUUGCAACUUCAGUGAAUGGUACACCAGAAUUUAUGGCUCCAGAAUUUUAUGAGGAACGUUAUAACGAGAAGGUUGAUAUUUAUGCAUUUGGCCUUUGUGUUUUGGAAAUGGUCACUGGUGAAUAUCCUUAUAGUGAAUGUAACAGUAUUGCCCAAGUAUAUAGACGAGUAACAUCUGGUGUUAAACCAGAAGGUAUAGAAAGAGUUAAAGAUCCCGACGUGAAAGAAUUUAUUAAUUUAUGCAUUUGUCAUAAGGAUAUACGUCCAAGUGCAGCCGAAUUGAUGAAUCAUAGAUUUAUGACUGAUAUUACAAAUAAUGAU